AUGUCGGGACCUCCGCCCUCCCUCUUCCCUCUUCCCCUCCAUCAUUCCAACAAACUCCGCCAUACCACCAUGAAUGAUGGCAAGAUCGAGGAUUCGGUCUCCAAACUGGCCGACCUCCUCCGCAAUCCCGACGAUCUGGAUAAGUUGGCCUCGAUCCGCAAUGAAUUCACCCGCAAGAAGCAAGCCGUCGACUCCCAGCUCAAGCACGGCCUGCGCGAACAGCUGGAAAUCACCCAGUCCGGCAUGAAUAGCAUCAGUGAUGGCCAAACUAUCGUGGCGUUGAUCAAGGAGGAAAUGAUGAAGAUUGACAAGCUGUGCACUGAAGCCCAGGGUAUGAUUGAGGACUUUCCAGAAAUCAACCGCAUGAGUGUGAUGCAGCGCAACUUUGCUGCCGUGGAGAGCAUCAAGACAAGUAUUGACACGUUUGGGGAGCAGCUGGAUGAGCUGGAGGACCUGCUCAAGGAGGACGACGAGGAUCUGGACAAUCAGGCCAACCUCCUGGCAAUUCAUGCUGGUUUGAGCUCAUUGAGGGAUGUCAGAGAUCGUGCCAUGGAUCAGGUGAAGGGGAGCGCCGAGGGAGAGUCGGGCGUGGAAUUGAUCGAGAAUCUGACAUUGGAAGCCGGUGUCACAUUGAGAGAUCACUUUCAGCGAAUGGACGAUGUGGUGGACUGGUUUGACGACCACGUUGGACAGGCGUGUCUCAACCUCAUUCCUUUGAUUCAAGCCGGAAACAAUGGAUUGGUGGUGCGUUUGGGAUUGGUCAUCGAGGAGGAAGAGAAGAAGGAUCGUCAAACCAAAGCCCUGCAGGAUGCCCAGCGCGAGUUCCAAGAUGUCGCUUCCCGUUUCAAGAGUAUCAAUGUUGGCCAGAGAGAAGUUCGUGGGUACAAGAAGAAGUUCCUCCAAGCUGUUGAAGCCAGUGCUCAGGGGCAAUUCGUGCAGGUGGACGUUGCGUUCAAUGAGGAUCCGGAGAAGCUGGAGAAGGCCUGUCGAUGGUACUUCAACGACCUCAAUACUGUCAAACUUGGCAUGCAAGAACUCAUGCCUAGGAAGUGGAAGAUUCUUCAAACCUACGUUGACAUAUACCACAAACUCAUGCAUGACUUCCUCAUUUSGAAACUGGACGACAAAGACAUCACUCCGGUGCACAUGCUCGCAAUCUUGAACUGGGUGGAGAAGUACUAUACCAAGAUGGGCCGAUUGGGAGUCACGCCCGACACUCUCAAGAUGCAUGUCAUCGACGAGCGAGAAGGCGAUCUUGUGCGGGAAUACCGCAGCCUCAUCACCCGUGCCGUUGAGGAAUGGAUGGACCGUGUGGCAGCCACUGAUCGCAAUACUUUUCUUUCGCGGGUCGAAGGCAGUCUGGACCAAGAUGCUCAUGACCAUCUUCACACUAAGAGUCUAGGUGAUACAUGGACCAUGCUCCGGGAACAGCUCUCCGUAGCUGAAUCUUCCGGCCGGCCGGACGUUGUGGAAGGUGUUGUGGACGCCAUGAUGCGCGCCUUGAAGGAGCGUCAGCAAAUGUGGGAAAGAUUGGUUGACGACGAGUACCAAAAGAUAGCCUCCGGAAACGACCCCAGUAUGCUUGAAGGCGUCGGUAGCUUGCAGGAUUGGUUGGUCGCAAUAGCCAACGACCAGAUCAAAAUCAUCGAUGAUGAUCCCGCUACGGAUAGCAUCUCCUUCCUCACGCGCUUCAAGGCAGAUUACGAAUCGCUCGUCACUCCAGCCUAUGCCGUUACCUCAACUGCCGAUCACGAAUCGCUCAAGAACGGCUACGUGGAUCUUGCAACACAUUGCAUGUCUCUCCUCGCUGCCGUCAUCUUCGCGACUGAUAUCAAACCCGUCUUACCGGAAUUCUUCACACGAGACUGGUAUGAAAAGAAGACGAUGGGAUCCAUCACCACGACUUUCGAUGACUACCUCAAGGACUUCUCUGCUAUCCUACAUCACUCCCUUUUGGAUAUCUUCAUAGAAGAACUGAGCGAUGCAUUGCUCGUGCGGUAUCUGGAGUGUGUCAAAGGAAAGGGGGUCAAAUUCAGACGGAACGACCCUUUCACGGAGAAGAUCCGAGAGGACGUCACGACUGUGUUCAAGUUCUUUGAGAGCGGCGGACCGGACGUCUUCGAAGGCGUGAAGAACAAAUGGAGAGUCAUUCGACAUUUCGGCGAUCUCCUGUCCGUAGAAAAGGGUCCGGCUGUGGUGGAAGCUUAUGUCCAGAUGAAGGAGCAGUACUGGGAUGUGCAGAUUGGCUGGGUUGAGGCUGUGCUCAGAUCGCGAGACGAUUACGAUCGUAGUAUGUUGAGCAGUGUGAAGAACCGGGCUGCUAGCAUGAAUGUGGAGCGUGGAGUGGAGACGGUUAUGAGCAAGGUCAAAUGA